AUGUCGGAUCUCGACCGCCAAUUCGAUCACCUCUCGCUUCAGACGGGUCAAGCAGGUGCAGUAGGUGCCAACGCAUCUCAUUCCGGCUCAGCCUAUCCAGCGUCGCCCUCAGCUGCACCAGCUUCGCCUUAUCGCAGCCUACACUCUUCAGCUCAGCAGGGUUACGCCCCGACGAGCGGCUUUGCCGGUGCCGGCAAUCCCAACGAGCCUCAGAGCGCAUCCGCUAGGUUCGAGCGCUUCUUUGCUAAUGCAGGUCCUGAAGGAACGUAUCCAGCCACAAACAGCACAAGCCCACAAGCCGGACCAGGCUCUGGCUUCUCCAAUACCAGCGGCGCUUUUGGUGCAUUUGGUCACUCUCUUUCGGGCGGAGGCGCAGGAGGGAGCGGCCGAUUCGGUUCUCAAAGUGCUGGCAGGGGCUCCACAGGAAGAAGCGGACUCCCUGCGCAGUGGUCUUCACCUGACCCAGCGCUCAACGCACCAGCCGGCGUGCCCCUCACGCCUCAGUCUGGCGGAAGCGCUUUCUUGAAUUCCGCACCAGGCUUCAACGUAGAGGAGGAUAUCAUUCCGACUGCUAUCGUCGUCAAGAACAUCCCAUUUAGCGUACCCAAAGAGCAGCUCCUCCAAAUCAUUGUGAGUAUUGCUGUGGAGGAUGUCCUGCAUACAUUCGCAAAAUGGCCUCCGUCCUUGGCCACCAUAUGAGUUUCCUCAUGAUGCUUGCUCAUGAGGUGGCUCGAUGCUGAUGCCACGAGGCACUUCGAAUCAUUCUGCAGGAAGACCUGGCCAUCCCCAUGCCGUAUGCCUUCAAUUACCAUUUCGACGGGGGAAUGUUCCGAGGUCUGGCGUUUGCCAAUUUCCGCUCUGGAGAAGAGGCGGAUGCGGUCGUAGCUGCUCUGAACGGAUUCGACGUGCAAGGUCGCAAGCUGCGGGUAGAAUACAAAAAGGUGCUGCAGGCUGGUGAAAAGGAAAGAAUCGAAAAGGAAAAGGCGAUCAAACGGAUGCAGUCCAUGCAAUUGGAAAAAGAACGAACUCGUCACAGGGACGAGCGGGAAGCCUCUCAACACGGCUUGCCCGGAUUGCCAGCGCAAGGCUUCGAAUCGUACGCCGGCGCACCAUCCGGCAUCUCGGGCCUGCCCCAGCCAUCUUCUGGUUCCAUCGGUCGCAGCACACACCUCGGCGGUGCCGGCUCGAAUUUGACUAGCCCAACAACGGAAGUACAUCCGCCAACAUCUGCUGGCGGUGCUGGUCAGGUCUCGCCUCUUCCACUCACUGCCGAUAGCUUGCGAGGAAUACCCUCUGCAGGACUGGGCGCCGACACCGGCGCUUUGGCACCUUCGGAACGCAGUGGCGGCGCCAGUGCGCGAACCAAGGAAGAGCUAGAUUUAAAUGAUCCAGCAACACUCGAGAUAUACUCGCGCGUCCUCCUGUUCAAAGACGACCGGAUGCGAGAUGAACUCAGCUUCUCUCGCAACUUGAGCCCUUCGGAACGCAGGACUGUGCACCUGGUCGCGCAAAGGCUUGGCUUGUAUCAUUACAGCAUGGGCGAAGGCGAGGAGCGAUACGUAAUUGUCACCAAGAACGAGGUAGCGCAGGGUCAUAGGCCACUGCGAUCCCAGGCUUCCACCAUCGGUCGCACGCACAGAGGUGGGCUCGGAGCUCCCGCGGGUGGGUUUGGCGAUGCGUCCGGAUUGCUCUCGCCCAGCGGUGCCGCUACGACUGGACGUGCAGCUGCCCUUCGAGCAAAGAAGUCUGCUCCAGAUAUGAAGCGCUUGCGUGAUCCGGAGAAUGGAAGUGGCUACGGAGGUAUCGGUGGUGGAUACGGCCAAGGUGCAGGUCUAGCACCGCCUGGGGUUGGGGCGCUCGCUCGCAAGAGCAAUGGAAAUUUGAGAGAGGGCUACGCAGCCACCAUGGGCCGCUCACCUCGUUCAAACCAUUCGAAUCAAGCAGGCACGAUUGGCAGCGGUACGGGUGGAGCAGCAGGUCUCGCGAACCUUUUCAAUUCUCCGUUCGACGUUCCACCUGUUCCUAGCCUUCCCGCCACUUCUUCGGGAGGACAUCACGGCAGUGGCCAUGCUUCUUCACCCUCUGGAGGAUUUGGCGGAAGCAUUCGUCAACCUCGAGGCCCGCCUACACCGGGCUCUCACGAAGCCAAAAACUUCGCACCCCGCGCAAGAGUCACGCUGGGAGCAAGCUCCGGUGCACAGGUUGCUGCGGCAGCUGCGGCAGCAGAUGCAGAUGCUACCUAUUUGCCCACCAUCACGCACUCCACGGAGGACUAUGGAACGCAUGCAGGCUUGAGCAGGGAUGAUGUUCAGUCGCACGAGCCGCUCGAGAUUUGAGCCGCUUUUGCGCAUAGACUUGGUAUGGUGAGGCGCCCUGAUCCUGCGUAUCCUGUCAGCUUGCUCAGCGCAUACCCUAA